AUGGGCAGAGCUCAGAAGGGGACUAAGACAUGCCCGGUCACCCAGUCGUGCCGCUUCUCGAUCCAUAGAGAGUGUGAUGACGUUAAGGAAGUCAACAAUAAAAGCAGCAGUAACAUUUCCAUGGAGGAGAGUGAUGCAGUGAAGGACAUAAGUCCAACAUCUCAGUCUGUUUCAACAGAGACCAAGAAAGUAGCAAAACUGGGGGAGAGUGCAGCCAAAUCAGCAGUAAAGUGUCAUCCAUUAAACAAAUCCAGUGAUGCCAAACUCUCAAAGAAUGAUGCCAACACAACAGUCAGAAGAGCAUCUCAAAUCAAGUCAACUCAAUUGGAAACCACUGAGAAAGGUACCUUAAAUAGGGAUACAAGUGGAAAUAAGGAUAAGCAGUCAGUGAAGAUUGCUGAAGAGAUCCACAGGAAGAAAGAAUAUCAAAGAAAAACUGAAACACUGAUUGGCAGACUUCACCUUCAAGACAAACAGAAACAGAAACUGUCACCAGCAGAUUUUCUUAAAGUAGGUCCGGCUUUGAAACAGAACAAUGAAACAUCUGAGAAAGAUCUUGCUCAUACUUUUCUUCAGAAAUUGAUGAUGUUAGACUACAGAGCCAGAUAUAUUCCUGUAAAACAGGACAGUCUUCAGACCGACCAUUCAAAGCCUGAUCCAGAGUUUGAAACCUCUGACACAGGAGACAAUGACUUCAGUGAUUUUUGUAACACCAGUGUGGUUGAUGAUCAAUCGAAACAGACUUCUGUGCAUCCAAUGGAUGUUCAAAUGGUAGUAUUUCACUGCUCAGACAGCUUUUUAAAGCAGAACAUGAUGACAAAGCUAUCACAAUGUCAGUACGCCUUACCUUUGCUUGUUCCUGACCCCGUCACAAUGGAUAUUGAAUGUCCUCUGUGGACUCUCAGACAAAUAAAAAAAACAUGGAAGGUAACUGAAAUAAAAGAGGAUUCGAAAAUUGUCACCAUGAAGAGUAUGCUCAUCUGCAAAGCUGAGACCCCCAUGGUGUCAUUUCUUC